AUGCCCGAAACCUGCACAGCGCCGUCUGGGCAGAAGCCCUUCUCUUUCGGCCUCGAUCCCUGGACCCUAGCCUACGUCGUUGUGCCGAUCAUCGCUUUCACUCCGAUAGCAACCUUCAUCAUAUUUCCCCUGGUGAUAAAAGGUAUCGGUUCCCUACUGGGCUGGUACCUUCGAAAAAAGACAGAGGGAAGGAGAGCACAGCUUUUGGAGCUCAAGACUGCUGAGCAGCAGAAGUUCACGCAAACCGCCCAACAGAAUUCAGGUGGCGGAAAGAACAUUGCGCAGACAAAAGCUUCGGGGAGCGCUGAAAAGAAGGAUGCUGAGUGGACUGGAGUCGUCGGCUUUUUCCACCCGUUCUGUAACGCUGGUGGAGGAGGAGAGCGAGUCCUUUGGGCUGCGAUCAAGACGACACAGGAGAGAUACCCCAACGCACUCUGCGUUGUAUACACUGGCGACCAUGAAGUGAACAAGCAGGCCAUGCUCGCACGCGUCAAGACCCGGUUCAACAUCGACCUGCACCCUCCCACUGUCAACUUCCUAUACCUGAGCACGAGACAUCUCGUUCUGGCUCCGACAUGGCCUCACUUCACCCUCCUUGGGCAGUCGCUUGGAUCUGUCGUAUUGGCAUGGGAUGCCUUCCAGCUCCUUGUCCCCGACAUCUUCAUUGAUACCAUGGGCUAUGCUUUCUCUCUGGGGUUGUGCAAGUUGCUCUUCCGCAGAGUUCCUACUUGCGCCUACGUCCACUACCCCACAAUUUCGACUGACAUGCUGGAAUCACUUGACUCCAAGGCCGAGACUGGAAGCCAGGGCGUCAAUGCUGGCAAAGGCGUUGGUCUUCGAGGCAAGGUCAAGAAGUUCUACUGGAAAAUGUUUGCGGUUUUGUACUCUCGGGUUGGAUCUACCGUUGACAUUGUCAUGACAAACUCAACCUGGACCCAAGGUCAUGUCCAGAAACUUUGGGGUCCCUACCGCCAGGCCAAGGGAAGAAACAACCCCAUCGCCGUCAAUUUCCCUCCAUGCGCUGUUGAAGAGCUCGAAGAAGCAGUGGAGGUAUCUGAGGCUAGUGAGCGGAAGCGAGAGCAGGCCUUGGUCUACAUUGCCCAGUUCCGCCCCGAGAAGAAUCACACCCUCGUCAUCCAAGCUUUCGCCGACUUCCUCAACACUAAAACUGAAGCCACAAAAGAGGCGAAACUGGUCCUCAUUGGUAGUGUCAGAGACGACCACGACUCCAAGCGAGUGUAUAAGUUGCGCCUAUUAGUGAAUGAGCUCGGCAUUAGAGAUCGGGUCGAGUUUCACCUAGACGCUUCGUGGCCCGAAAUUCUAGACUGGCUGCAAAGAGCUUCUGUUGGCGUCAAUGGCAUGUGGAAUGAGCACUUUGGCAUUGGUGUCGUCGAGUACCAGGCCGCCGGUCUGAUUUCUGUCGUCCACGCCAGCGGUGGACCCAAGCUGGACAUUGUCAUCGAAAUCGACGGCCAGCCCACUGGGUUCCAUGCCACAAAUGUCAAGGAGUUCGCCGAGGGCUAUGAAAAGGCCCUCGCCAUCAAGGACCCGCUCCCUGUUCGCCUGCGCGCGCGCCAGUCGGCCAAGCGCUUCACUGAGAGCGAGUUCGAUGAGAAGUGGAUCGCGCAGAUGGAGAAGUUGGUGGCUAUGACGUUCUAG